AUGAUUAGUUUAACCAUUUUUCUAAUAACAAUUGUGUUACUAAUAUAUUAUUUUCUAACUUGGAAUUUCGACUAUUGGCUAAAGAAAAAGGUCAAGGGACCCAAGCCAAAGCCACUACUGGGCAACUUUCCCAAUUUGCUGUUACGUAAACAACAUUUUGGUGACGAUUUAAAUGACAUUUACAAGUGUUAUAAAACCACUGAGAACUUUGUGGGGGUUUAUCUAAUGCGCACGCCACAAUUAUUGAUAUUGGAUCCCCAGAUAGUGCAUGAAAUAUUCGUGACUGCUUUCAAUAAUUUCGAAGAUAAUGAUGUGGGGAAAUUGAUUGAUAGAGACAAAGAUCCUUUAAUAGCCAAAAAUCCCUUUUUGCUAAUGGGUGAAGAGUGGCGUUUACAAAGAUCUUUAAUAUCGCCAGGUUUGACUAGUUCCCGCAUCAAACAAUCCUAUCAGAAUAUGCAAAAUGUAUGCCAGCAAUUAAUGGCAUUUGUUAAAGGACAAGGUUGUCAAGGAAUCAAUGGCAAAGAUGUGGGUCUCGCUUUACGUUUCACCUCCGAAAGUUUAAGUGAUUGUGUUUUGGGCAUUAAAGCCCACAGCUUUUCAGACUCUCCCCUACCCAUAGCCGAAAAUGUUAAGAAAUUUGCCGAACACAAUACCGCUUUUAUAGUUUACACCAUUAUUGUGGGCCUGCUGCCCAAUAUUCUAAAUUUCUACAAAUCGAAAUUCUUUCCCCAAGAUUGCGAGAACUUUUUCAUGGAUCUAAUGACUAGAGCUUACAAAUUACGUUAUAUGGAUAAUACGAAACAUCAUGAUAUCCUAAGUCAUUUAAUAAAAAUUAAAGAUAUCUAUAAAUUGAAGGAAACCGAUAUGUAUUCGCACACCAUGACCUUUUUAAUCGAUGGUUUGGACACAACGGCCACAGUCAUUUCGCAUUGUUUGUUAAUGUUGGCUAGGGAACCUGGGGCUCAGCAAAUCUUGUAUGGCGAAGUGUUGGCGGCCUGCAAUGGCGAUGGUUUAAUUAGUUUUGAGAAGCUUAAUGAAAUGCCCUAUUUGGAUGCUUGUGUACAUGAAUCUUUACGCAUUUAUCCACCUGGCUUAUGGUCCACCAAAUGCUGUACCCAACAAUAUGAAGUUAAAAACAAAGAUGGCCAAGUACUUACUAUAGAAAAAGGGGAAACCAUAAUGAUACCCAUUUAUGCGCUACACCAUGAUCCCCAAUAUUAUCCGGAACCAGAUAAAUUUAAACCAGAACGUUUUCUGCCCGAAAAUGGUGGUGUUAAGCAUUUUAAAGAUCAUGGAGUAUUUUUAGGAUUUGGAGAUGGACCGCGAACAUGUUUGGGUAUGCGAUUUGCUUUGGUUCAGUGUAAAUCAGCCAUUUCCUCUCUAAUUAAGUCGUUUCGUAUUAAGUUGAAUACAAAAACCCAUCACAAUUAUAGAUUAGAUGCGAAAAGUUUUCUGGCUUUACAUGCUGGCGGUGUUUGGUUGGAUUUUGAAAAUCGUUUACAAACAGAAACUUGUGGCAAUAUUAAAGAUUAUUAACAUUUUUAUUGUCAUUUUUAUU